CCGUAAUACCGUCUUUCUUUUACUUUCUCUUUCUCUUCUUUUUGUCACCACUUAAUUCGUGUCUCCAUGGCAAUUCACGAACUCAGUGGCUAUGUGACGCAAAACACCCUGGAAUGCCACACACUUCAACAAUUCUGCGGGAACGCCAAACAAGCGUUUGCAACAAAACGUUACGACGUCGCCAUUAGCCAGCUGACAGCCGCGAUCGACGAGAUCAAUCGCAACUUGCUGGCGAAUAUCCUACUCAAACGUGCAGUGGUGCAAGGUGUGCAAGGGACGCCCGGCGCUGGUUUGGUAGAUGCAUACAAAGUCAUUGAGCUUCUGCCUGAUCAGCCCGAAGGUUACUUGUGCUCGGCGUCGCUAUUACGAUCCAUGGGCGAGAACAGCUCUGCCAUGCGCGUGUAUACGGUCGCUCUCAACCGGCUUAACUCCGAGAACCGGGAACAAGAACAAGGUUAUAGCUGGCUUGUUCGCGCUAAAUGCAACCUCGAGAACGAAAUUGAUUCAGCCAAUACACGAUUGCUAAGAAAAUUACCACUCGAGCUUUUGGGCAACAUUUUUGCUAGUAAUGAACUGUUGUCGGUCCGUGACCGACUCGAGUGCACACGCACGUGUCGUGCCUGGCGAAGUUUCCUGUUGGACGAGAUCCCUCGCAUGUGGCGCGAGGUCAGUCUGGUUGAUAUGCCCCAAGACGUUAUGCUUCGACAGUUGUCUAGCGUUCGGAGUACUCAAAUACGCAAGGUGCGAAUCCAGUUCAAGAGUAGAAACAAGAUUGCAUUGACCGAGUGCGUGAUACGGUUCUUGAUUGAGCAUGGGUAUAACCGGUUGGAAACGCUUGAAAUUUGCUCUGAACUACGCGAAAAUGAUACGCGGGCAUUUGGCGUUCUACGACAACUGUUUCUGCAAAAUCAACAUACUUUGAGGAACGUGGUUGUGCAUUGCAAAUCGUUCCGCGUGGGCAUCGUUGCCUUGGAUUCCUGUCCGAGACUUGUAAAGCUCGUAUCAUGCACGCCAUACCUAGGCUAUCCAUCAUCAUUUACAUCCGAAGCCCUGUUGACGCCAUCAUCCUCCGGUAACGAAGUAUUCCAGCUCCAUUUCCGACGACACAUGGCCUUGAUGCGCGCUCGGCAAGAAGAAAUACGCAUGAGCGUACCAGCACCCGCCAACAAUGACAAUGCAUUCACACUUGCCAUGUCCUUUUUGAAAGGCUCAGAACUGUACAAGGCCAUCAACCAAAAUGCCGAACUAAAACCACACCAUUCGCUGACAAAACUCGAACUGUCCGGAUUGCAGCUCAGUUACUUUGAUGAACCGUUCUGGCGCAGGCUUCCGCAUUUGGACACCUUGGUUAUCCAGGAACCAGUCGACAUGCCGGGCGAUUUCGAAACUCUCGUUAAGGUGCUGGAUCAAUGCUGUCCCAAACUCAAAACAUUUCGAUUUGGCGGCAUAUGCGAAGAUCCGUUGCUUACAACCACUGUCGAAGAAAAGAAAGAAAGCGGUCUUGUUGAGGUGACCAUGCGUGGCUGGUCCAGCGCACAGUCAGAAAUCAACAUGAUUUCCACUUUGGUUCGUAAAAGCCGUGACACGCUCAAGAUGCUACGGCUCCCCAUGGAAGUACUGGCUGCUUCUGGAAGCAAUGUGCUUACAGACCUGCAAGUUCCCAGACUACGCUAUUUGAGCAUAUACGGUGAUCCGUGGCGAGCACUCGACGCAACCCGUUCCGCUUCUCUCGUCCGCAACUGCCCAGAAAUCGAAAACCUCAUCAUCAAGCUACCUGUUGAAGAAACUGCUCUUGUCGAGCUGAGCAAGGCAAAGCGAUUGCGCUCUUUCUGUCUCGUAGAUCCAGCACAACCUGUCAGCAACGGCGGCACUGGACUGACGGAUGCUGACGUUGAAGCGUUAUGGAUCGCUACAAAUCGAAACCAGCGCACCAGUUUCCGUCGGUUCUUUGAAAACUGCAACCUGCUCACUGACAUUUGUUUCUGUGGACCGCUGCUAAGCGACGCCGACUUGAUCGCCUUGGCGACCAACACACCACACCUGGAAUCGUUAAAACUACUGUUCUGCUCCUCCACGUCCAUCACAACCCGUGGUAUCAUGACAUUUGCUGAUUCCGCGCCUAAAGGUCUUCGGGAUCUUGCACUGAUGGAUCUCAAGUGUUUGGACGAUGACUCGUUGAUUCGCCUAUUAUGUGAGCUACCUUCCUUGGAGAAAAUGGUUCUGGCCUUGUGUCCACCGUGGAUGAACAAUCGACGCCAUAUCAGCAACUGUAUCGAGCAAGCGAUGGGUGUUCGCAACUGUACAGCUGGACAGCGCCUUCAAAUAACCUUUGCACCUGCUCCAGGAUCCCAAAUUCUGUUGGAUUGUGUGCCAGGGAAAGCCAUCGCUGAGAAGUCACUGGAAGGUAUUCCUUCUGUUUUCAAAGUUCUACUCAACAUCUAUUAGUACUUUUACCCAUAUUACGCUGUAUAUAUUUACUACUUUCCAGAACAAAAUGUACAUUCUUUUCAUAAAUAUAAUCCUUC